CUUAAUAUAUAUCUAUUGAGUUUUUUUCAUAAAAGAAGUGAUGAUAUAAUAAGAUAUAACCUUAAUAUAUUUUAAAAUAUUUAUUACCGGUCAAAUGUUUAUCUCGUUUGUUAUUAUUAAUCGUACAUUAACAACCGCUGCAAGAUGCAAACGGCGAGUUGUAGUUACAGGAUUAGGAGUAGUAUCUCCUCUUGGAAUUGGUACACAGAAUGCUUGGCAAGCUCUCAUUACUUCUAAAUCAGGUAUCACUAAGUUGAUUAAUCCAGAGUAUGACAAAUUACCUUGCAAAGUCGGUGCAUUAAUACCCAAAGGAAAUAAUCCUAAUGAAUUAAAUAUCGAUUCAUAUUUUACAAAAAGUGAGUUACGUACAAUGUGUCCUGCUACUGCCUAUGCUUUAAUAGCUACUGAAGAAGCAUUAAAUAAUGCAAAUUGGAAACCAAAAGAUGAAACUGAUAAAAGAGAUACAGGAGUAGCAGUAGGAAUUGGAAUGAUAGAUUUAAUUGAUGUAUGUGCAACAUAUGAAGCUUUAAAAAAAGGAUAUAAUAAAGUUAGUCCUUAUUUUGUACCAAGAAUAUUACCAAAUAUGGCUGCAGGACAAAUUAGUAUUAAAUAUGGUUUUCGUGGUCCAAAUCAUUCUGUUUCAACAGCAUGUGCAACUGGAGCACAUGCAAUUGGUGAUGCAUUUCGUUUUAUUCGUGGUGGAGAAACUAGUGUAAUGAUAUGUGGUGGAGCAGAAGCAUGUAUUAGUCCUCUUGCUAUAGCUGCAUUUUGUAGACUUCGUGCAUUAAGUACUAAUAAAAAUGAUUUUCCAUAUGAAGCAUCACGACCGUUUGAUAAAGAUAGAGAUGGAUUUGUUAUGGGAGAAGGUGCUGCUAUAUUAGUAUUAGAAGAAUUAAAUCAUGCACUUGAAAGAAAAGCUAAUAUUUAUGCAGAAGUAUUAGGAUAUGGUUUAUCUGGUGAUGCAGCACAUUUAACUGCACCUAGUGAAGAUGGCACUGGUGCUAUAUUAGCUAUGGAUAGAGCAGUAAAAGAUGCUGGCAUAAAAACCAUAGAAAUUAGUUUUAUUAAUGCACAUGCAACUUCGACUCCUUUAGGUGAUAGCAUUGAAUUAAAAGCUAUAGAAUCAUUUAUGGGUCACCACAGUAAAAAUAUAACAGUUUCUAGUACAAAAGGUGCUCAUGGUCAUUUAUUAGGAGCAGCAGGAAACUUAGAAGCUGUUUUUACUAUUUUAGCAAUAAAAGAGGGUAUCAUUCCUCCAACAUUAAAUUUACAUAAAUUAGACACAAAAACAAGCUUAAGUUUUGCUCCUAAUGUAAAGAAAAAUUGGAAUACAGUUUCUAGACGUGUAGCUUUAAAAAAUGCUUUUGGCUUUGGAGGAACAAAUGCAUGCUUAUGCUUUGCCCAAUAUAAUGAAUAAACUGAUUACUAGAACUAGUUUGAAAAAAGCAUAAUAAUAUACAACAUAAUCCAAACUAGUCAUUCCUCAUAUACAUUAAUCAAUAUAUAUAUAAUAUCUAAAGAAAAUAUAUAUGCAUAAUUUUACUUUUUUAUAACAAAGUGCCAGUGCUUCUAUUAAAUGAUUUUCAUAUAGAGCUUAAA